AAUGAGCCAAGUAGAUGCGUUCCAGUUGGUUAUGAAGUCUGGUAUCCGCCAAAUCUUCUUAAUGGUGACACCUCUUUUAAUUGGGAACUCUGCUAAAGGUAUAAAAGCAGGUGCCUGGAAGUGUUUGUGGAGUACACUUUUGCUGGUGUCCUCUUGGCAAGCUUGCAACACCUCUGCUCUUGGCUCCUCCGCAGCAGGAUGAACGGCACUGAGGGAAACAACUUUUACAUUCCUAUGUCCAACAGGACAGGGCUAGUGAGGAGUCCUUAUGAAUAUACGCAGUAUUACCUGGCAGAUCCAUGGCAAUUUAAGGCACUUGCUUUUUAUAUGUUUUUGCUGAUUUGCUUUGGGCUACCGAUCAAUGUGCUGACGCUGUUGGUCACAGCCCAGCACAAAAAGUUGAGGCAACCUCUAAAUUUUAUUUUGGUAAACCUGGCUUUCGCUGGAACAAUUAUGGCCCUUUUUGGAUUCACGGUUACAUUCUACUGCUCCAUUGCUGGUUAUAUGGCUCUGGGUCCCACAGGUUGUGCUAUUGAAGGCUUCUUUGCUACAGUUGGUGGCCAGGUUUCUCUUUGGUCUCUGGUGGUGCUUGCAGUUGAAAGGUACAUCGUGGUGUGCAAGCCAAUGGGGAGCUUCAAAUUCUCCUCAAACCAUGCAAUAACAGGCAUCGUUUUCACAUGGGUUAUGGCCAGUAGCUGUGCAGUGCCCCCACUUUUGGGCUGGUCCAGAUACAUCCCAGAGGGAAUGCAAAUUUCCUGUGGACCGGAUUAUUAUACCCUGAACCCAGAAUUCAACAAUGAAUCCUAUGUCAUUUACAUGUUCAGCUGUCAUUUUUGCAUUCCAGUUACAACCAUCUUUUUCACUUAUGGAAGCCUUGUUUGCACAGUCAAAGCGGCCGCAGCUCAACAGCAGGACUCAGCAUCCACCCAGAAAGCUGAGAAGGAAGUGACACGUAUGGUCAUCCUGAUGGUUUUGGGCUUCUUGUUUGCUUGGGUUCCCUAUGCUAGCUUUGCUGCCUGGAUCUUUUUAAACAGGGGGGCUGCCUUCUCGGCACAAUCUAUGGCUAUUCCUGCCUUUUUCUCCAAGACUUCAGCCUUGUUUAACCCCGUCAUAUAUGUGCUUCUCAACAAACAGUUCCGUAGCUGCAUGUUGAACACCCUUUUCUGUGGCAAGAGCCCUCUUGGUGAUGAGGAGUCCUCGGUGUCAACGAGCAAAACAGAGGUGUCCUCAGUGUCUCCUGCAUAGAAUUAUUUGCCAACUACGUUUUCUCA